CAUGUGCUGACCCAGGCCGUGCCACGUGUAGAUAAAAAGUGUUUUAACCAUGGUAGAUAAUCUCACAUGACACAAUGAGGUCUGUGACAAGCUUUGGCUCCACUACACGCUCCCUGAGUCUCCUCCAUAGACCUGUGAGGCUAUGCCAGGCCUGCUGUGCCAGAUUCAACUCUCAGUACAGACAGGAGAGUCAGUGGUCUUGGAAAUGGAUACCCAUCAGUGGUGGCAUAGCAUUCCUAGCUGCUCUGCAAUUGCUGAGAACCAUAAGAAGGGAGAAUAAAAGUGCAAACAGCAUGGUCACACAGCCUGAAACAUGGCAGUUGACACUGUUUCGGCUCCUUCCUGCACGAAUGUUGUCACGGUUAUGGGGCGGCAUCAAUAGUAAAGAGCUGCCCACUUGGUUACGAAGACCUGUACUCGGACUUUAUGUGUGGGCCUUUGGGUGCGAUAUGACCGAGGCUCAGGUGGAGAAUUUGAGUAUGUACUCCAACCUUAUAGAACUGUUCACUAGGCAACUGAAACCUGGUGUUAGAGACGUCUCAAAGUAUCAUCAGCUGGUAUGCCCAAGUGACGGGAAGGUACUCCACUUUGGUAGAGUUGAGAAAGAUGGUCGAUUGGAACAAGUUAAAGGAGUCACAUACGAACUGCACAAGUUCCUUGGCCCUCACAAUGCACUAAAUGAUUAUGAGUCAUCUCAGACUGAAUUGUUUCAUGUGAUUAUCUAUCUGGCCCCAGGGGACUACCAUCACUUCCAUUCUCCAGCUGACUGGACUGUCACUAAGAGACGGCAUUUUCCAGGUGAGUUGCUCACAGUGGCUCCAUGGGCAGCCAAAGCAAUGCCUGGACUGUUCUCGCUCAACGAGAGGGCUGUUCUGAUUGGACGCUGGAAGCACGGUUACUUCUCCAUGGCAGCUGUGGGGGCAUUCAAUGUGGGCUCUAUACAACUAGCUCUGGACAAGGCUCUCCAGACGAACAAGAAGGGACGGUACAAGAUGGGGGAGUACAGAGACAAAGAGUUGAGUGAGCUGGCCCUGGCGAAGGGAGACAGAGUGGGAGGGUUCAAUCUCGGGUCUUCCAUUGUGCUCGUAUUUGAGGCGCCCAAACACUUUCAGUUUUCCGUUAAACCUGGACAAAAGAUUUAUUAUGGACAGCCACUAGGGACGAUAUUGAAUAAAGAUAAUUGAUCUCUUUAUUUGUGCUGUGUUUGUGUGUAUGUUAAGUAUUGCUAAAGCAACAGAAUCUACCAGCAUGC